AUGUCAGAAAAUAUUCAAAAUCCAUCUAUAUUGGGAACUGCACAUUCUCUGCAGCUUCCCCUUCCCAUGGUGAACAAUGCAGCUUCCCUAACAGGAAGUGUCUGCAACUACUCCAACCUAUCUACUCCAGCUGAUAGAUCUGCUUGGCUCCUGCCCUCAGAUGCUGGCAUCUCUUUCCAACCACUAAUGGGUAGUGCCUAUCUUGACCAACAUUCUAGCACAACAAUGCUGUCUGGAGUGUCUGACCAGAGCCAGCUAUCCAUGUUGUCUGCUUCCGACCCAAGUGUUUUGGAGUGGGAUAUUGCAGGAAGUACUGAAAAGAAGUCUAACACAGAAGACUUCACUGUGACUCGCCUUGACCAAGACACCAAUGUCUCUUCCAUGUCUAUGGCAUCUUGCUAUGAGAAAACCUUAGAUACCAACCACAUGGUGUCUCUGUACCCAUCACUUUCUGCUAGUCUUGUUGAGAGGUCACCAUCUCAGGUUCCAAAUCAGAGUUAUAGCCUGUCGCUUCCCUACCAGGAAGGAAGCCAGGGGAUUUACUAUCAUCAGGACACUCAGGGACCUCUCCUUUCUGGAGAAUCUGGUCCUUUCCUGCAAUCCAAUGACUCUAUGACAUACAAAGGAGGUAGGGGCUCUGCCCUCCAAGCUUCCAGCAAUGCAUCUCCAGAAAUGGUUAUGGUUCUAAAGGAGGUCCAGCCCCCAAAGAACCAACUACCUGCCUCCAGCUCUGGUAUCUACUACUCUGUGCCUGCUCCACCCAUCACAGAAUCGAGUUAUCAAGUGAUGAAUUCCCUGAGGAUGGAGACUUCCCUGGCAUUGCAACCAUCCGAUCAAAUACUUGAGAGUCACCCACCACCAGAGCUCCCGGAUGUUUUCACAAUAGAUUCAGCACAAAAUUACCUGGCACUACCCCCAGCUCCAACUCAGGAAGAAAUAGAUACGAAUUUGAAUGAGAUGAACAUUGGGCUUUCAAAGUCUCCGGAUACCUACCAGUUCCCAAUAACAAACCAAGAUCCUCUACUGUGCCCUUUAGAAAUCCCUGAUAUCCACCAGCUCCUGGCCUGCAUCAAUCCUCUCAGCAAAGAGCAACAGCCUGGUACUGCUCAUCAGGAAAAGAGUGAUCAAUGUUUGGAGGGCACUGGAAGACUUGAAAGUCAAAUUGAAUCUGGUGGUGUUUUUGAAGACAUCAUGACAUGGCUGGAAGAUAAACAACUUCCCCAGAUUUUUGAUGGCUUAGAAGACCUAGAUCAAUAUAUAGAUCCACAGGAAAUGAACACCACAGAUACCAUCACUCUGAAUCAGGGGCAAAAACACUCAGGUGGCACUAAGGGGACCUCCCACCCAACACGGAAGAACAAAAACCAGGCCUCUGAACCUCUUGAGGGAGAACCCAAAGCCAAAAUCCAUUCCAAAAACCCAGUAUGCUUGCUAGGGGAAGCAGGCAUUAUUUGUAAUGCUGCAGUCAGUGACAGGUGUCCUGUGACCAUGGCCAAACGUAAUAACAGCAAACUUCAGAAAGCUGCGUCCAGCAGGAUCAGCAAGACAAAGAGCCACGGGCAGGAGAAGACAAAAAAGGCCAGAGAAAACUCUAAGAAAGCUGAUCACCAUAAGCAGACCGGGAACAAGGUGAAGCCAGAAGAGAAGUCCACCACUGCCAGGAUGAAACGUAAGUUAAGUCAACCUGAGGUUUGCCAAGACUCCCUUAAAAAGCCCCGCAGCUGCCAGGGCAUGCAAAUGCUGGAGUCCGUGCAAGCGUUUGAUGCACUGGGGAAGAAGUAUGAGUCAAAGCCUGGAUCCUCUUCUUCCCGGGUCCUGGGUAGUUCAAAGAAGCCCAAAGACAUCCAGCCCUCCACAGCUGUCAAACCAUGGCCAAGUGCUACAAGUCAUGGAAAAGGUCUGGAGAAAACUCAGGUCAAAGCUCCGAAACCAAGCAGCAGUGCUGAAGAACACUUGGAUCCAUCCCUGUAUGAGCUGCCACCUCCUGGGAAGGUCAAAUUGAUACCUUUGCCUUUUCUUACCAUGGAGAAGCCCCAACCUCGACGUGUUCGUCGGAGACCACAGAUUCUGGCUUCGCAUCGUCCUGCUGCAGCUUAUCCUGCCAGGCCUGGCUCUACCAUCUCAGCUCAGCCAACUGCCACCAAUUCAUCCCGGCCAGCUACUGCAUCUUUGUCAGGUCCUGCCAGACCAGCUCAGCCCAUUUCGACCAACCCAUCUCGACCAGCUUUGCUGAGCUCUACUAGCCGGCCUAUCUCUCAGUCUGCAACUUCUAGACCUGCUCCCUACAAGACAACAGCUAGCACUUCUCUCCAGCAGGGCCAUCUUCUGGUCUCUGGGACCAAGCACCAGGCUCCACCCAAAGGUCAGAGUCAGUUUCUACUCCAAGACUCCCGUUUCCAACCGAUUCCAUGUAGAAAGCCCAAUGUUCUCGAGCCAGUCAUGUCAAAGGCCGCCACAAAAGAGCAGAGACCAGAGCGUGAGGUUAUGAAGAGAAAGGCUCAGUAG